AUGGAGUUUGGAUCUAAGCGCCGCAAGCUCGACCAUGACGGUCAGGGCAUACGUCAUAAGGGUUUAAUUGAUUUCGAGUCCCGCGACGCUACUCGAUUGUCUGCCGCAAGUACAUUUGUGCUGAAAACCGACGAGCUGCUCAAAGAAAUCAAGCUCGAUUCCGCCGCUGCUUUCAAGGGCCUUGACAGUCAAUUGCACAAAAUCAAAGGCAUCAUCGACUCGAUAGAACCGCAUGCUGCUACUCCUAUUCACGACGCCUCCACCAAGUUCGAGAAAAAGCAUCGCAUUACCAUUCCCUACCCAGAGCCGAAGCCCACGAAAGACUCCAACUACAAGGUGGCAUUUUCGCCGCCAGCACAAUGCAACGUUGUUGGUAGCUAUGUCAGCAAGACAAUGACCAAAUCGCAAGAGCGCCUAGGAAUCGACAUGGUUGUCCAGAUGCCCAAAGGCCUCUUUCAGGACAAGGACUACCUGGACAUGCGCUACUUUUACCGACGUGCAUACUAUAUCGCAUAUAUCGCCUCGAAAAUCAAAUCUGAGCUCGGCGACGAAAUUGAUGUCCAUUACGAGCUCCUCCACGAGAACCCUCUGCUCCCUAUCCUCACCAUUCGCCCCGCCGCGCAGGAAGCCCUCAAAUCUUCCAAGAAAUCCGCUAAGCACGACACCCACAUCAGAUUGAUUCCUUGCGCUCCUGACGACUUGUUCCCCUGGUCAAAGCUGACCCCGACUUCAAAUAACAUUCGGACAGAGACGUCCGACGCAAACAAGAAAAAUCAGACCGGCACACCAUUCUACAACUCCACCCUGAAUGCCGAGAGGACCUUUAUCCAGUACCUGCGAGUCAUUACAAAUGCUAGAAAUGAAUGCGCUGCAUUUGGAGAAGCCUGCAUACUCGGAAGAAUAUGGCUUCAGCAGCGCGGGUUCGGCAGCGCCAUCUCCCGAGGCGGGUUCGGACACUUUGAGUGGGCAGCCAUGAUUGCGCUCCUGCUGAAGACGGGCGGCAGAAAUGGCGCAGCCGCCUUGUCCACCUCUCUAAGUGCUACUGAGCUUUUUAAGGCUGUCAUUCAGUUCCUGUCUACGACAGACUUUACCAAGAAGGCUUUUGCGUUCAAUUCAGCCAAAACGGCUGCCGAGGCAAUCAAGGAGACGGGGCCUGUCAUGUUUGAUCCCACACGAAAGCUCAACCUCCUCUUCAAGAUGACGCCUGGCUCUGCGAACUACUUGCAAAUGUGCGCCAAAUCCACCACAGAGCUCCUCGCCGACGAGGCUUCCGAGAAGUUUGACUCGACAUUCAUUACAAAAGUAGACGUGUCGCUGCAAGUGUUUGAUGCUGUUCUUGAAAUCAAGAACUCCGGACUUGCCAAGUAUGCUGCCACAGCCGAUCGUCGAGGCGAAAUUGCAGACUUUGGUUUGAAGGCUCAUAAAACACUGCACAAGGCGUUUGGCAACCGUGCGCAAUUAGUUCAUGUUCAACUCCCGUCAAGAAAGCAGUGGAAGCUAGCAGGUAAUUGCCCUUCUGCACCGGCCACUGUUACUGUUGGUGUCAUUUUUGAGCUGGCACACAUGAGCAGGCAAAUGGAACACGGCCCCCCUGCUGAGGAGCAGAAGGAUGCUGCUAGGUUUCGUCAGUUCUGGGGUGAGAAGGCUGAGCUGCGUCGCUUCAAGGAUGGUAGCAUUCUGGAAUGCGUCGAGUGGACUAGUAAGCUUCCCCUCGACAUUUGCGAGGAAAUCGCCCAGUACACUCUGAAUCGCCAUCUUAAGUUAGGCCCCGACGACGUACGCCUCGUGAGUGACAGUCUGGCUGCCACUAUUAACAUAACAAAUCUCGAUAAAUCGGCGUUUGAUGCCGCGCGACGAUCUUUUCAAACACUCGAGCACGAUAUACGAAGUUUGGAGGACCUGCCUCUACAAAUACGUCAACUCUCUCCAGUCUCUGCCCUUGCUCGCUAUGCGUCCGUGGAGGCACCUCUGGUUGGCUAUCACAAGGAUACCGUUGAGCCCAUCGACGUCAACCUAUACUUUGAGCAGUCGAGCAAGUGGCCGGAGAAUUUGACUGCCAUCCAGGAAGCCAAAAUUGAGUUUCUUUUGGACGUUGACCGUCGACUCACAGGUGCACACGACAACAUCAAGACAUAUCUAGGCAGGGAAAACAGAGAAAUUGGCAUCUCCAAUCUCGCCUACCUGGAUAUUCUAUAUGACAGCGGUGCUGCGUUCCGUUUGCGCAUCCACUGUGAUCUCGAGGAGACCCUCCUCGAGCGUCAAAUGAAGAACAAAGCCUUGGAUCACCACGUCCGUGAAGAAGCCGAACAAGCCGGUCUACGAUUCAACUGGCUCUUCAAUAUCCUUCCCCUUCAUACCCAAACCAUUGCCACAUACUGCACCCGUCUUCCUGCUCUGUCACCCACCAUCCGUCUCGUUAAGCAGUGGUUUGCCGCCCACAAACUUACAGGCCACAUCAACGAGGAGCUCAUCGAGCUCUUUGUCCUAAACGCCUUCAUGCAGCCAUACCCCUGGCAAACUCCAUCAUCCAUCACCACUGGCUUCCUCCGCACGCUCGCCUUUCUAUCAAGAUGGGACUGGCGCGAGGAGCCUUUGAUCUUGGACACCGCCGAGGAGCUCACCAUGGAUGAACGCGGCGCCAUCCAGCGCGAGGUUGAGGGCUGGCGCAAGCGCGACCCCGGCAUGAACCACACUGUACUCGCUGUCGCCACUUCGUACGACCAGACCGGUCUAUCGUACACACAGGACGGCCCCAGCAAGCUCAUUGCCGCGCGCAUGACGCGCCUCGCCAAGGCCGCCUGCAAGCUCGUCCGCGAGCAAGGCGCACACGUCGAUGCCGCACCACUCUUCGCACCCGCUCUGCAGGACUACGACGUCCUCAUCCACCUCUCCAGCAAGGCGCUGCGGGCCAUUGCGCGCGAGACGGGCAGCGACGCCGUCGCGCCUCGCACCUCGCAAUUUCGCAACCUCGACGGCGCCGCGGGCAAGGCGCCCCUACCAGUCCGCGCGCGGCCCGUCGAUGCCUUCGUCGAGGAGCUGCGUCGUGUGUAUGAGGACACGCUGGUGUUCUUCCCGGGCGGCGCCGCGGACGACGCGACGAUUGCGGCGCUCUGGAACCCGCGCCUGCAGCCGUCCAAGUUUAGGGCGGGACUGCCGUACAACUUCCACGCGGUGGCCGACGACGAGGACGACGUGGUCGAGGUCAACCGAAAGGCGGUGCUGUUGGAAAUUGCGCGCAUUGGCGGCUCGUUGAUCAAGACGAUCGAGGUGGUUGGUGCAGACGACGAGUAA